AUGAAGCCGUACCGCUCCUCCACCCUUCAGUCUGGGCAGCCCCUGUUCCCGCCGACCACCCCUACGGAGCUUCCCAGGGCCGCCCGGGAGAAGGACCUGCGCUUCCAACAGGAUCUCAAGUCGCGGUUCGAACUCUUGAAUAUUAAGUCGCCUCGGUGGUCGCUCUCGUCCUUCAGCCAGUCCCUCGGCAAGCCCGCCCCGGCGCAACAGUCAUGGCUUGGAGAUCCCUCGCCGCCUGCCACCCCGGAUCCCGAAGCAGCAGCAGCAGCAGGGCAGCGGGGAGGUGAUGGCCGGUUUCCCAUUCCUGCCGGGGGCAAGAACGCCAGAGAGACGAGAAGAAGGAGGGACGGCAGGAUAUGCGGUUUGGAGAGGAGAUGGUUCUGGGGGCUCGUAGCCGUGGCGGUGGUGGUGCUACUGGGCAUCUGUAUCGGAGUCGGCGUGGCGGUCAGCCAGUCCAAGAGCAAUUCAUCGCAUAACGCCGGUGCGGGCGGCUCGAGCAGCAGCAGCAGCAAUAGUAGCACGGGGACACUUGCAACGGCAACUUCGACGGGCACCACUGGCUCGACGGCGUCGUCCACGUCGGCGUCGGCCACAGCGACAGCAACAGGGGGCACAGACUGCCCGGCCGGCAACGCAACCACAUAUACGGUCCCGGGCUCCACCAAAACAUUCAUGCAUUAUUGUGGGCUCGACUAUAGCGGCGACAGCGAAGCUACGGACCUAAAAAGCGUAACGACGGACAGCAUGGCGGACUGCAUGGCGAAUUGUGCGGGUACUUAUGGAUGUACGGGGUGUGGCUGGGGUUAUGUCGAUGGGGACUCGUUAUAUGAGCAUACGUGCUGGCUCAAGAGCGACCUGAAGACCGCUCACAAGGCCGAUUCCAGCUGGGCAUUUGCAGUCUUGGUAUAA